AUGUUCCAUCGAAGAGAUCAGGCUGGGAACCGAUUGAUGGACACCAUCAUGUCAGAACAAGUGAAUGAGACGAUUAAAACAUUCCUACGGAUGACGAAGGAAGAUUUUGAUCAACUUUUGUCGUUUGUUGGGCCGAGAAUUCAGUGGAUGGACACAAAUAUGCGUGAAGCAGUCACGGCCCAAGAAAGGUUAAUGAUAACUUUGCGCUUUUUGGCAACUGGAGAAACAUUCACUAGCCUGCAGUUUAUAUUUCGUGUUUCCAAGUCGUUAAUCAGUAGCAUUGUGAAGGAUGUGUGUGCGGUUCUCAACGAACAACUACGGAGCUAUGUAAAAAUGCCGUCAAAUACACAGCAAUGGCGAGAAGUAUCUAAAAAAUUUGAAGACCGAUGGAAUUUCCCCCAUGCCAUAGGUGCCAUCGAUGGCAAGCAUGUUCGAAUUCGGGCACCAAGCCACAGUGGAUCGGAGUAUUACAACUACAAAAAUUUGUUCAGCAUCGUACUACUUGCGGUAGUCGACGCUGACUACAAUUUCUUGCAUGCCGAUGUUGGAGGAAAAGGAGGCAUUUCAGACGGAGGUGUAUUCAAGAAUAGUUGUUUCUACCAGCGUUUGGAAAACAACAGUCUUAAUAUCCCAGAACCUGAGCCAUUGUGGAUUCCCUACACCAUCCGCGUUCCAUACUUCCUGUUAGGAGACAAGGCGUUUGCCUUUACUUCAUACUGCAUACGUCCCUUCGCAGGUGAACAUCCUACAGGAAAACAUGCUAACGAGGAAUAUCUCGAGGAGUUCCUCGAAGAGGACAUUGACUGCGUCGGAGGGGAGUCCAGCAGUCAUCAGCCUCCAACCACCAGCCGUUAG